GUGAAGCCCUGAGGAACCUUAUCUUUCUCAUGUACCUAGCCACGACCAUUAGGAAAAAAUGGCUCUUGGUGAAGCAUUGAAAAAUCUCGUCUUUCUCCUUCUCAUCUGCCAUGGCGCCACAGCCAAGUCACUCAACGCCAGCUGCAGUAGCACUAAAUACACAGAGAACAGCACCUUUUCCACCAACCUCAACUCCCUCUUGUUCAUCCUCAAAGCCAAGUCAUCAUCCUUCCUCUCCACCAACCAAACCUUCGGCCAAACCCCCAACGCUGUCUUUGGCCUCUUCUUCUGCACUGGCGACCUCUCACUAGAUCACUGCCAAUCCUGCAUUCAAACGGCCAUCAACGACAUCACUGAGAGCUCAUGCCCGAGCUCAAAACAAGCCAUCAUAUGGUAUGACUACUGUGAGCUACGUUACUCUGAUACAAACUUCUUUGGACUCCCAGACACCGAUGGCUUCCCUAUGACCAACCCCUUUGAGAACACCACUUCAUCAAGACCGGUAGAAGUGGUAUUCCAGUUGGUGAAAGAGGCUCCACUAGGACAUCCUAUCAUGUUCAAGUCCCUAGCUUUGAGAUCUCAAAGCUUGGAUGCUCUUGCACAGUGUUCUCCAGACUUAACUAGACAAGGAUGUAGUGAUUGCUUGACUACUAUCUUUGCAAACAUCAAAGCUUGUUGCAUUGGUCCUAAGGGAUGGAGGUAUUUAGCUCCUAGCUGUUGGGUAAGGUAUGAAGCCACUCCUUUUCUUGAGAAUAUCAAUGGAGCGAGUAUAGUCAUCAGUCAGAGCUAUUGUUCAGGCGAUGUCUUCCCCACUAAUGGCUUGAAUGCCACCGCACGGCUUGAGAGUCUUCUGUCAAACUUAACCCAACAAGCUCCGGCCCUAAACGGGUACUACAACACAAGCAUAGGAAAGGGCAUGAACAAGCUGUAUGGCUUAGCCCUCUGCAGAGGAGAUCUCCAAAACAGAAAGGAUGAUUGCCAGAACUGCCUCAAUGAUGCAAGUAAAAACAUAGUAGAAGAUUGUUCAAACGAAGCACCAGCCAUUGAAUGGUAUGAGAAGUGCAUGGUCCGGUACUCCAACAUGAACUUCUUUGGGGUGGUGGACACCGAUGCUGGCAAGACACUAUGCGGCCCAAAGCAGAUCAGCCAAGCUGACUAUAACGCCACAUGGACGCUAGCAGUGACUCUGAUCAAUGAUGCACCCAAUUCGCCUUUGUUUUUGAGGGCUGGGCAGUAUAUUUCUAUCAGCUUUAUUCUUGUGCAGUGCACUAGAGAUCUUAGUAAGGAUGGAUGCAGGCAGUGCUUGCAGAAUGGGAUGAACAUGGUCUCCGGUCAAUGCAACCAGACCAAUGGGUGGCGAUAUCUCUCCGGUAGCUGCACUUUGAGGUAUGAGGACCACCCUUUCUUUGAUACGGCCUUGAUAUGGACUCAAUCUCCAGCAUCAUCACCUCAACCAAACACUACUUCGGACAAAAGUGGUGUAUUGCUGCCAUUGUUGGCCCUGCUCUGGGAUUCAUCCUUUUGGUUUCCACUAUCCUCUAUAUAUGGUGGAGGUUGAGGAGCAGAAAAGAAAAAGGAGGAAAGCAAUUUGAUGAAUACAGGCCACUCACCAGCAAUGAAUUGCCAUUCAUGGAUCUUGCUUCUAUACAAGAAGCAACUGAUAACUUUUCUGUGGAAAAUAAGCUCGGAGAAGGUGGAUUUGGUCCUGUUUAUAAAGGUGUUCUGAAUAAUGGAACAGAGAUUGCAGUUAAGAGGCUUUCAACAAAAUCUAAGCAAGGUGCCAUUGAAUUUGAAAAUGAGGUGAAGUUGAUCGCCAAACUCCAGCAUAGAAAUCUUGUGAGAAUGCUUGGUUGGUGUGCUGAGAGAGAAGAGAAGCUACUCAUCUAUGAAUAUCUGCCAAACAAGAGCCUUGAUGCUCUUCUUUUUGAUUCAGAAAAGCGAGCACAACUAGAUUGGAAUAGACGGCUUCAAAUCAUCGGAGGAAUCGCCAGAGGCCUUCUCUAUCUCCAUGAAGACUCAUUGCUCAAAGUCAUUCACAGGGACCUCAAGGCCAGCAAUGUUUUAUUAGACAACAAAAUGACAGCCAAGAUAUCAGACUUUGGCAUGGCCAAGAUAUUUGGAGGAGAAGAAAAUGAAGCCAACACAAGCAGAGUUGUCGGAACUUAUGGAUAUAUGGCCCCAGAGUAUGCAAUGGCCGGGCUAUUUUCUGUGAAGUCUGAUGUUUUUAGUUUUGGAGUUCUUUUAUUAGAAGUACUCACAGGACAAAGAAAUGGAAAAGAACACUUUGAAGAAUAUGGCCAGACUCUUAUCAGAAAUAUGUGGCAUUUGUGGAUUCAAGACAAGGCACUGGAGUUGAUGGAUCCUUUACUUGGAGAUUCAUGUCCGAUUAAUGAAGCAAAAAAGUAUAUCAAAAUAGGAUUGUUAUGUGCACAGGAAAACACAGAGGAGAGGCCUACAAUGUCUAUGGUUGUUCAUAUGUUUAGGAGUAGUGAUGAAACAGUGUUUCCAGAGCCCAGCCAACCUCCCACUUUCAUGAAGCACAGAGAUGGAUCAACUUUUUUCAACGACAACAAGGUAGAUGGAUCAUCUUCAAGCAUCAACUCUCAGUCACUUGGUUUUCAUUCUAUCAAUGAUAUUACUAUUUCUGAAAUUGAGGCUAGAUAGUUGUGUAAAAUGACAAAAGAACUUCCAGUUAGAGGUUGGUGAAGACCCUCUAUUCUCAACCUGAAGCCAUUCAGCUCUGCACCUUUUAUUUUUAAUAAAUAUUUUCUAUUUUAUCUA